AUGUCCACAACAAACAGUUAUGCUAAGCAUUAUUUGAACCGACGAACAAUUCCCGAAACUGAAGUUUAUAAAUUGGUUUUGUUUCCUUCGGAUAAUUCAAUUGCAGUUGUGAAAGCAAAGCAAUGUUCACCAGCUGAACACGAUGGAUUUGUAUUCGUUCAAAGUGGUAGAAAGAAAUUCACCGGUGUUGUUCUUCAGGAAGGUACUCUUAUGGAAUGUGGUCAUGCAGCUGAUCAAUUGACUCGGAAAACGGUGAAUCCCGAAAUCGAAAGCGAUUACGAGCGUCACGAUGACGAGAAUUCGUCGAAACGACACAAGAGAAAUCCACCUGAAAUACCUUCACUUCUUGGUGUUCCAUUUGCCGAGAAAGAUGCGAAUAUUCAAUCAGAUACUCAAUCUAGAAUAGACAUUGGUGUUGAUAAAUCAAACGAAUUCGAUUCGCCUUUAUCAUCAAGUGGUUCAAAAGUAACGAAGAAUGGCGAGGUAUCAGUCAAUGAAACUUUAUCGAUAACACGGGAUAAAAGUUGCACAUCAUCGUCUAGUAUUGAAGUAUUGAGUAAAUUACAAACACACCGACAACAAUCUCGACAAAAACCGUUACCCAACGCAUCGUUUGAUGAAAAAGAUGACUCGAGCAGUGCAUCGAGUGAAACCGAAGACGAAGUACCUGUGAAUAUUCAUGUUCGUUCACAUCCAGAGCGAUUGACGACAAAUGAAACCCCUACAUUUGUUGGUCGCCACGUGACUGAAGAUAACACAAAAUCGAAGAAUAAGAAGCACAAGUCAAGUACGUCCACAUCGGCUACUCUACAACAGUUAUUGAUUACAGUGAAAAAAUUCGAAUCUCAAUAUUUGAAACCUAUUCUCUUGAAACAAGAGAAAAACUAA